CUCAAACUGGACAGCCGAGCACCCAGCAAAAUGAAAUUCUUCUUGUUCUGCGCCUUCAUUGCCGCCGUGGCCGCCGAUGUCAGCCAUCUGCCAUCGAGCCAGUACCUGCCCCCCCGCCAUGGAGCAGCCUCCGCCCCGGUGGCCUCCUACUCCGCUCCAGCUGCCAGCUACAGCGUAGAAGCCUCGGCUCCAGUUGCCUCCUACUCCGCCCCAGUUGAGUCCAGCUACUCCGCCGCUGCUUCUGCUCCAGCGGUGUCCUAUGCUGCCCCAGCUGCCUCCUACUCUGCCCCAGCUGCCACCUACACCGCCGCCGCCUCCGCUCCGGCUGUGUCCUACGCUGCUCCUGCCCAGAGCUACUCGGCUCCUGCUGCCUCCUACGCCGCUGAAGCCUCCGCUCCAGCUGUGUCUUACGCCGCUCCUGCCCAGAGCUACUCCGCUCCCGCUGCCACCUACACCGCUGCUGCUUCUGCCCCAGCUGUGUCCUACGCUGCCCCAGCUGCCUCCUACUCUGCCCCAGCAGCCACCUACUCCGCUGCUGCCUCGGCCCCAGCUGUGUCCUACGCUGCUCCCGCUGCCUCUUACUCCGGUGAGAGCUACGAGACCGCCGCCUCCGAGCCCGCCCACACCUUCUCGGCCAACGAUGGAUACCGCUACAAGACCCAUCGUCGCGUGGUCCUCCGCCGUCACCGUCGUGAUGUGAGCCACCUGCCCUCCAACGACUACCUGCCCCCCUUCCAGGGAGCCGCCUCUGCCCCAACCAGUGAGUACCUGCCCCCAGCAGCCUCUGCCCCGGCUCCAGUCUACUCCGCUCCUGCUCCCACCUACACCGCUGCUGCCUCUGCUCCUGCCGUCUCCUACUCGGCUCCUGCCCAGAGCUACUCUGCCCCAGCUGCCAGCUACUCCGUUGCUGCUUCUGCUCCAGCUGCCUCCUACUCCGCCCCCGCUGAGAGCUACGAGACUGCCGCCUCCGCUCCUGCCCACUCCUUCUCGGCCAACGAUGGAUACCGCUACAAGACCCAGAAGCGCCGUGUGCUCCGUCGCCACCGUCGUGAUGUGAGCCACCUGCCCUCCAACGACUACCUGCCCCCAGCAGCCUCUGCCCCUGCUCCAGUGUACUCCGCCCCCGCCCAGAGCUACUCCGCUCCAGCUGUCUCCUACUCCGCUGCUGCCUCCGCUCCAGCUGUGUCCUACGCCGCUCCUGCCCAGAGCUACUCCGCUCCCGCUGCCACCUACACCGCUGCUGCUUCCGCUCCAGCUGUCUCCUACUCGGCCCCCGCCCAGAGCUACUCCGCUCCCGCCCAGAGCUACUCCGCCCCCGAGUACUACUCCGGUGCUGCUUCCGCCCCAGCUGCUUCCUACGCCGCCCCCGCUGCUUCCUACUCCGCCCCCGCUGAGAGCUACGAGACCGCCGCCUCUGAGCCCGCCCACUCUUACUCCUCCAACGAUGGAUACCGCUACAAGACCCAGCGUCGCGUGGUCCUCCGCCGUCACCGUUACUAGAGGCUCCAACGAUACCCCAAC